CUUCGGGAGCUUAACGGAAAAAAUGAGAGAUCAUUGCUUUUGGGUUUCAUCAAAUUUAUUUAGAAAUGUGAAAGGAGUGCAAUGUUUUCACCCAAAUUUCUAUCUCCUCACACGGAGAAGUUCACUCAGUGUGUGGACACUCCUGAGAGAGUGAAUUUCCUCGUGAACAAUUGUGGUGUACGUGGUGCCAGGAGGAUUGAUGUAUUAGGUCGCGGAGGCUUUGGGAUUGUCCUGAAGGCGACCUAUCGAGGCAAGAGAGUAGCUGUUAAAGUUGUCCACUUGCGUCAUGAACACUGUCGGGUGUCUCUGAACAAUGAAGGACAUAUUCUCGGAUGGAAGCAUCCCAAUAUCAUAAGGAUUUUUAAGAUUGUUUCAGACACGAAUCAUGGUCUUGUGAUAAUGGAGAGGAUUCCUGGAGAUAAUCUCCAAUCAAUUCUAAACACUCUCAAUCUUGGGAUUCGUCAUGCCCUUGAAAUUCUUUCCCAAGUGGCUUCUGGAUUGAAUUACUGCCACUUCCGGGGAGUAAUUCAUGGGGACAUUAAGCCACAAAAUAUUUUAAUAACUCUGUCGCAUGAGAAAGAAGGAUAUCUGGCUAAAUUGUGCGAUUUUGGUAGUUCUUCUAUUGGAAAUGAGAAUCCCAGUGAUUGUCGAGGGACAAUCAGAUAUAUGGCUCCUGAAGCUCUUAGAAAAGCUCCUUUGACUCCAAAAGCUGACAUCUUCAGCUUUGGAGUAACCAUGUGGCAAAUUGAGAAUCACAAAGUCCCCUAUGAAGAAAUCUAUGGGAAUGAUAUAAUUAUUUAUCGAGUGGUUCGAGAGGGAUUGAGGCCAGAUACUUGCCAGGAAAUUGAUUCUCCUAAAAUUCCCAAAAUUCUCCUGGAUGGAGAUUCUCUAGAAAUAAGAAGCUUCAGGAGUCAGCGUUCAAUCUCUCCACGAGAAAUUAAGAGCGAAACAACUGUGAAUAUAAAUGCAGGAAAUUCUGCAGAACGAGGAAGCAGGAAGCCUUCUAGAUCCCUCAAUGCCCUCCUCAAAGAAGCCAGAAUUGAAAAUCAUGAAGAAAUCACCGAAAUGAGAAAGAAAAUCCACUGGAAAAAUAUCUUCAAGCCCAGCAAAUGGCCAAAAAAUGAAAACUACUGCAAUUUGUUCCAGAGUUGCUGGCAAGAGGACCCUAAUCUUCGUCCAGGAGCUUCUCAAAUCCUCAAUCAGCUUCAUAAAAUCAUCAAAAACAUUCAAAACUAACCCCUUGUAUUUUUUUCUAAAUCUCAAUUCUACUCAAUCCUUGUAAAUCAUGUACACUGUUCCGAGAAUAAAGUACGUUGGUGUCUCA